AUGUCGCAACAACCGCACGACAUGAGCUACCUUGACUAUGGUGCCUCUAACAACCGUUCCCCGAACUCGAGACAGAACUAUGCUACCGCUGGUGGCUUCUCUGCUGGACUCUCACUACCCCGCCAAGCCCAACGCCCAUUUGACGCUCCUCUAGGCUCAUCUGCGCUAUACCCUGCCGACAGAAUCGCAAGUGGAUACAACCAUCGAGGUAUGGAUAACAUGGCCGGUGGUAUGCAGGGCUACAUGCUGGACAACGGCCAGGCUUGGAACUACAACACAAAUGGCGUCGCCACCGUCAACGGAGCCGUAAACGGCCCUGGCCGACAGCGAAACGUGAAUCGCCGAGCUGCUCUCCCUCAGACAUGGACCGAUCACAGUGGACUUGGCAUCCACGGCAGCCACGGUGGUAUGCAGGGCUACCAAGGCGGAAUGAACAACAGCAUGUCAAACGGUAACCUCCGUGUUGAGCACCCAGGAUCCCACGGAUCUCCCACAGAUCUCCGAUCAAACACCUCCGAUGCCGACCAGCUCAUUCCCACUGCUAUUGUUAUCAAGAACAUUCCCUUUGCAGUUCGCAAGGAGACCCUGGCUUCCAUCAUGCUCGAGAUGCACCUUCCCCAGCCAUAUGCCUUCAACUACCACUUCGAUAACGGUGUUUUCCGUGGCUUGGCUUUCGCCAACUUCCAGUCUGCCGAGGACACUCGCAUGGUAAUUGAAGCCAUGAACGGAAUGGAUGUCCACGGUCGCAAACUGCGUGUUGAAUACAAGAAGAUGCUCCCCGAAGCUGAGCGAGAGAGAAUCGAACGUGAAAAGCGAGAGCGCCGUGGUCAGCUCGAGGAGCAGCACAGGGCUCCUAUGCUUCACCAGCAAAGCUCCAUUCAGUCCCUUGGUAGCCUUUCUCAGUCUCAGGCCCGAGGACCUUCGCACCUCGGUAUGCUCGACGCAUCCCGCGUUCAGUCCCCCUCAAUCAGCAUGCCAGGAGACGUCGAUCUGAACGACCCCCAGACCCUCGAGUUCUACACUGAGCUGGUUAUGUUCCGCCGUGAUGACUCUCGUGAAGUUCUUGUCUUCCCCCCAGGCAUCGCCCCUGAGCACCGCCGAUCCAUCCACAUCCUUGCUCACAACAUGGGUCUCGAGCACCAGUCCAUGGGUGAGGCCGAGUCCCGACAACUUACUGUGCUCAAGAGACAGCAGCCAUCGCCCACCACCAACAUUCACAGCCAGCCAGCUACCAGCCUUGACAUGCACAAGCGUGGUCUUAGCCGUGCUGCCACAUUUGACUUUGCUGCGGAUCGCGAGACGAGAGCUGCUAGCAGCAACUACUCCCACGCCAUGGGUCGACAAGGCCCCACCCUUGAGCUUCCCGGAAGCCCCGAUGGAAACAGUAUUCCCAACAACCUGCGAGCCGCUAAGAGCUUUGCCGAUCUCCGAUCUUUCACCCCCAGCCCUUCGCAGGCCUCUUCCAGCUACCUCGCGCCUGCUGGUAUGAACAACAUGGGUGGCGGCGCCAACGCUCGCUUCAAUGACUACAUUGGUGGAACCAUGUCACCUUCCGGUCACGGCAGCAGUGGUACUCCCGGUCCUAAGAAUGACCAGGCUCUUCUCAACAGCCUCAACAACAUGAACCUGGGAUACGAUUCCAGCGCCAUGCAGAGCCAGGCACGAAGCACCCCUGGCGCGAUCGGCAGCCAGCGCCCUGGUAACAGCUCUAAGGGAGCUCCUGAGCGUCAGCCCCGAGGACCCGAGCUCGAGUUCAACUCUGGAUUUGCCGGACGACGUGCUAACGGUCAUGCCACUCGCGGCAGCGACUCGUCGGAUAAUGGAGCUCGUGUUGGCUCAAGCUCCACCAACGCCUCGCGAUAUCACUGA